AUGUUGAGUUUAGAAGCAAAGGAUCAGAGAGAUGCCUUAGCAAAUGAACUUGCCGAACGUCAUGAUAUAAUUGUAAAAUUAAAAAGUGAUUUCUCUGUUUUGCAAAACAAACAUCAAGCAUCUGUUAUUAAACUUUCUGAAAAUGAAGAUAAAUUAAAUCAGAUGAAAGUUGAAUGUUGUGAUUACAAGUCAAAGAACGAUGAGUUAGUAAAGAAAAUGAAAGAUAUGACAAUGAAUUUUGAUAAUGUACAGAAAAAGUUUUCUGAUUGUGAAAAUGAACUUCAGUCAAAGGAGAAAUCAAUUCAUGAAAUGGCAGAGGCUUACGUUAGUCAGAUCAAUGAGAACGACAAUGCCUUGCAACUUUUAAAAGAAGAAAACACAUUAUUGAAGGAACAAAUUAGUCAAGAUGAACUGAAGAUCAGUUACAGAGAAGAAGCGUUGAAACGACUUCAGCUACAACAAAAUGAUUGCUUAGAUGAAGUAUCGAGGAGAGAGAAAGCCAUCGAAAAACUCGAACUUGAUCUAUUCAAGGCUCACGAAGAAAUCAGAGAAAAUAAAGAUGAGAUAUGUCAGAAAAAUGAACUCCUCAAGACCACAGAUUUUCAACUUAAACAACACAAAGAAAAAUUGAAGAAUACUGUGGACGAGGUGAGUUCAUGUACUCAUCGAAGUGAUUUUGAUAUCCACUAUCAUCCCACUUUAUCCUCUCUUGCUCAGAUUGCUCAACUUGAAGCUCGCUAUCAGUCUCAACUUGAGUCUAUUGAAAGUGAACGAGAAAGCUUAAGAAAAGAGGUUAGUGAAAAAGAUGAAAUAAUUCAUACUCAUGAAAUGGAGAAACUACAUUUUGUCGAUGAUAUAACGAGAUAUGCAGAAGAGAUAAAAGUUCGAGAACAAUCUAUUGAAAGCAUGCGACAAAAAUAUGAAGAAAGCUGUAACGAGGUGGAAGAUCGCAACAAAACAGUUAAUGAUUUGGAAGAUGAGUUAUUCUCUUUGAAAGAAGAAGUUUUAAAAAGUUACAAAAAGUUGGAGGAAAGCGAGAAUACGGUUAAAGAACUCGAUUUUAAAUUGAAUACGAUUGAAAAUGAUCUUAAAAACAGUGAACACCAGGUUUCAAUGAAAGAAGAAAACAUAAAACAAUUGACCGCAGAAGUCGAAACACUUCGAAGUCAGGAAAGAGAUUUGGAAGAGAAGUUACGAUGUCAAGAGCAAAUAAUGGAGAAGAUGGAAAAUGAUUUGAAGUUACUGACAAAUCAACAAAAAGAAAAAGAAAAACAGAUUGCACGACAACAGGACGCAGUGAAGAAUUUAGAAAAAGAUUUGAAAGUCUCUCAGAAUGAGUUUAAAGAACUUCAGGAAAAGUCCGCACAUGAUACGAUCUUGCGAGAAGAUGCGAUGAAAACAUUACAACAAGCAAGAGAUGAAUAUCACGAUAAACUUAUUGAACAAGAAGAAAUGACAGAAAAUUUAAGAGAAGAGAUUGAAAAACUGCGAACAAAUAUUGAGGAAAUGAGAAAUCAGCUGGACAGGAAAGAUGACGCUAUCGAAGAGUUGGAGUUGAAACAAAGUUUAGUUGAAGAAAAGCUUGAAAAUAGUGUUGAAGAAUUGCUGGAGAAAGAGCAACAAAUGACGCUGUUGCAGUUGAAUUUGAAAAAGUUGGAAGAUGAAUAUGAUCGUUGUGGAAAAGAGUUGAAGCAUAAAGAAGACAUGAUGAAACAAUUAAAUGAAGAAAUGGCGAUAUUUAAAGAACAAAUGAUGACCUUGAAUUUAGAAAGCAAGGUAAUAAAAUACAAUGUUACAAAAAGUCAAACUGACUUGACUCAGCUUUCCAAUGAAAAAGAUCUUUGGCAGCAAGAGAUGACAAAAAUCACUGUAAGUAUGGAACAUUUACAGACGUCAAAUGAAACGGCGAAGGAAAAAUACGAGAGAGAGAAAACUGACUUGUAUGCUGAUGUAGUUAGUUUGAAAUCAGAGAUUGUCGAGAGAAAAAAUUUUAAGACUUUGCGAUCGCAGUUAAAAGAAAGAGAAAAAGAGCUUUUAGCUUUGAAAAAAGAGUUUAGUCACUUAAAAGAUCUUCAUAAACAAUCAACAAAUAAGUUGAAUGAGCGCGAGGACGUGAUUGCAAAACAAGCCAACGAUUUGCUGGAAUCACGAAAACAGAACGAAGCAAUAAAGCAGCGACUUCAAGAAACGGAAAAUCACUGCAAGGCAAUGAAUGCAAGUUUAAUUUAUUACAAAGAUCAGGCGGAUUUAAUGACGAAGCAGUAUGAAGAAUCAAGGCUAAGAGAAACAAAGUCUGAAGAGGAUCUUUUAAAACAUGGCGAGACAGUUCAAGAUCUGGAUAGAAAACUCCAACAAAAAACAAGUGAAUUUGAUUUAUUGAGUGAAGAUUAUGAACGUGAACGUGUAAAGGGUAAACAACAAAAUAAAGCAAUGAAUGAAUGCUUGGCUGAAUUAUCAACCACUCGUGAGGCCUUAAAACGAUGUAAAUCACAGCUUUCACAUUGCGAUGAAAUGUUACAUACCUUAAAAGAUAAGUUAGUCACAAAGCAACAAGAGAUUGGUACAAAGGAUGUAACGAUCGAUAAGUUAUACAAUGAUCUUGAAGGGACGAAAAGCAAACUUGUAAAAGCAGAAAAAGAGGUUUCUGAGAAGAGCAGUAAAAUCAGCGAAUUAAAAAUUGAUUUGCUGUCAGAAAAAGAGCAACAUGCACAAAGAGUUGAACAAGCAUCAUGCUAUGAGUUGAGAUUACAGAAGAGUGAAUCUGAGUCAAAAAUACUAAAAGAGGAAAAUCGUCUCCUGGAAAGCAAGUUGGCUCGCGAAAACGAAGUCUGUAGGAAGGUUUCGUGUGAGUUUGAAGAAAAUAAACAAAAACAUCAAGACAAUAUUAUGAAGUAUGAGCAGACGGUAGAGAAGCUCAGCGGUCAAGUGGAUUCAUUGAAGGCGACAAAUGACGAGUUUAAAGAUGAGGUUGCUAAAUUGAAUGAAAUAAUAAGUGAAGGAAUUGAGGGGAAAAGGGAGAAAGACAGAGAGAUUACGAAGUAUAAGAAUCAGAUUGCAGAAUACGAAGUCGCAUUACAAGAUAUGAAAAAUCAGCUUACUGCUGUCAUUGCUGACCGCGAUAGAUUUAAUCUGGAGAAAAGGAACUCUGAGAUGAAAUUAAAUCAACUUAAUGAUGAGUUGAAUGACAUGAAGCUUCAAUAUAAAUCAUCAUCACAAGAGUUGAUCAAAAGCAAAGAAAAACUGUCCUUACUUGAUCAAAGACAUUCUCACUUGGCGGAACAGUUACUCGAGAAAGUUAGUGAAAUUGCCAGACUUGAGGCAACGCAUCGAAAAAGCCAGUUGGAGUUGAAUAACGAACUUCAAGAAAAGCAAAUAAACAAUGAGAAGAUUGAAUCUAUUGAAAAUCUUGUUGAAAAACUGAGACUAGAAUUGUAUGACACAAAGAGACUGCACAAUGAUACCUGUUUGCAGUUAAGAGAACAAGAAUCCUACACACAACAACGCGUCGACGAACUACAGCGAGCUGAAAAAGAAAUUACAACCCUGGUCUUUAAGAUGGAUUCUCAAAAGAAGGAACAAAAUUACUUAUCUGAAAAACUGGUCGAAUCCAACGAGCAGCUGGAAUGGUUGAAUAAACAAAUGAAGAGUCAUGGCGAUGUUAUGAAAGAAAAAGAAGAAAAAAUCUCUUCGCUUGAGCGGAAAUUGGAAGAUCGAAAGAUUGAGAUUCGUGAUAAUGAGAAAACAAUAUCAGCUUUAAAAGCGGAAUUAGGAUCAAUUUUGGAGAAAAACAGAGCCCUUACAGAAGAGGUCACCACUAAAGAUGGCGAUGUUCGGCAAUUACGUAAUGAACUUUUAUCAACACAGACUAAAAUCAAGGAUAACAUUUCUGAGUUUGGUCGUUAUGAAGAAGAAGUACUUCAUCUACAGAAAGAGUUAGAUGUGUCAAGCAAAAUAAUUCGACAAUCUCAAGUAAACCUUGACAAUAUCCAAGGAGAUCAUGAAAAUCUUAAAGUUCAAUUUGUUAAAACGGAAGAAAGUUGUAAAGAUAUGACAAUGGAGUUGAAAGUAAAAUGUGAAGAGUUAUCUUCAACCAAAGCCGAACUUGUGAUGUUGCGAGGGCAAAAAUCAUCGUUAGAGCAACAGGUUGCUGAUAUUGAUGAGAAAACAAAACGUUUAAAAAGUGAUCUGAAAAAAUCACAGGACCGAUGUAAAACUUCAAAUGAAGAGGUUUCAAAGCUACGUUGUGAAACAGAAAAGUUGACGAACGAACUAUCAACGACACAGGAUAACAACACGAAACAGGCUGAUGAGUUAAAACGACUACAGGAUGAAAAAAUGACAUUGAAAGUUGAAGAAGCGGCUUUGCAAGAAAAAUGUCGACUUAUUUUGGAAGAAAGUGAGCGAAAUUGUAUUGAAUUUGAAGAGUUGAAGAAAAACCAUGUCGCUUGCCAACAAGAGUUGCAGUCAAUGCGUUUGGCUUUACAAGAUUCACGCGCUCAUCGAGAUCGACUGCAGAAAGAGAGUGAAGUUAUUGUUGAAAACAUCAAUCAAUGGGUAAAGGAACAAAAAGAGGGGAACUCCAAGCUUGCUUUGAAGUUAAGAGAACAAAGUGAAAGUAUAGUGUCCCUUGAAGCUGACAAAGAACAGCUGAUUGAAACGAACGAAUCAUUAAAAAGAGCGAAUAAUUCAUACAGUAAUGAAAUAGUUGAACUGCGAUUAAUACGUGAUAAUCACAAGGCUCUUCAAGCUCACUCGGCCGAACAAGAAGUCGUUAUUCAAGAACUCCGUGGUAAACUCAAGGAAAAUGUUUUGACCACCGAACAUGAAGCUCUUAACCAUUCUCAAACGAUCGAUGAUUUACAUAAUCAAUUGCAUAAAAAUAUCGAGGCAAAUAAGGAAUUGAACCAAAGAUUAAAUCAUUUGGGGAAAGAGCGACUUCGUUUUCAAGAAAUUAUUGAUCGUGAACGUGUCGCAAGAAAGAAUUUAAUGUCUCAACUGGAGGCGCGAAGUCAGACUAUACUGGAUUUAAAAUCUCAAAUGGAUACUAUCAAAGAAGAUUUGAUACCUCCGAAUCUUGAUUACUCAUCUUUAUCUGAUUCGUUUGGAUUUAGUGAUUCAGCAUAUAUAUCUGCACUUGAACGAGGAUUAUGCAAAACAACAUCGUCAGACAAGAUUCAUCAAGCACUAAGACGAGAAAUGAAUAAAGUAGGAGUUAAAGACCCCAUGACAUUGGAUAAGUCGUUUUGGAUUCAACGUGUUGGAGAGAUUGGCCUUUGCUCUUUUACUGAUUUGAAUCUAUCACUUGUUUCCAGCUCUCCUCUCAGCUCCAACAAUGUAGUGAAUACUGGAGCGAUAAAGUGAGGGAUCUCUCUUCACAACUGGAGCGUCCGAUCACUCCGUUUAGGUGACCAGUGUUUUAAUAAUUAAAAUAGAGUUAUUAGAGCUGAAGCAAUAUAUAAAAUUAUCAUUUUGCCGUACCACACACAUUAAAACACUGACACUGUAGGAAAUUAUUUACACAAACCCAAAUAAUUUUAAAUGUUCGUUUGUGUCAAUACCUUUUUUUAUCGUGUAUUUUAAUUCUUUUUAUUGUUUUACUGUGUAAAGUGUUGUUUUAUUGUGUAUUUAUGUACUAUAUUGUAUUAUAUAUAAAUCCAUAUUAUCUACGUAAUUAUUAGAAGUUUUGAUUCUACAUUA